AUGUUCUCUCAAAGCCAAAUUCUCCAUGCACAGCCCCAGCAGCAAAUGCUCACAAUCAAGAACCUGACGACCCAUACUCAAGCCCAGGAGGUAUACAGUCAACAUCCCCAAAGUCUGAUCAGGGUGAAGAGAGAACGGAUCGACACUUGGACGCUCUCGCUCGUUGACCUCCCGGUGAAUCACGGAAUUAUCAAUGGUCCAUAUGAUCUAGACAGACCCACAUUCGAAGCAGGCAAAUUUGACACUGACCCCGAAAUGACUCUAAGAGAGCACGUGCAGAUAUACGCCGAGCUCCACUGGUAUCGAAUGGGAAGGGGUACUGCUCCUGUAGUUGCGACAGACCUUCCAUCAAUUGCCCAAGCGGAGGAGACUAACAGACAGGAAUGGGAGAGGAGACAGUGGAGGUACCAUAUGGAACAGGAAAGAUUAGCACAGAACCUGCUCAGAGGUUGCAUACGUCCCGUCGAUGAAGAGGAUCUGGAAUGGGCAUGGCGAUACAUCGAGGAGCGAUAUGCAGACCAGCCUGGAAGGAAAGCCAUUGUUAUGGGAAGGCUUCGUGAGGAGGCAUCACUUACAGCCCUUGCGGUUGCUGCUGUCCUUGCGAAAGAAGACGAGAAUACUGUGGCAAAUCGCGCACAACCUGACAAAGAGGUAAAGGCAUCGGCACCACAAUGGCCUCAUCUACCUCAAUUUCUGGACACCGCUACGGAGAGCGAUCUAUACCUUCGCGUACCGCCGCGAGAAUUGCGACAAUAG